AUGCCGCGCUCUUCAGGGGAAAACCUCAAUACCCUUAAUGUAUAUGCAGGACUUCACAGUGCAGAUCUAUCAUAUAAUCACCAUAAUCAUGAGGAGGCUUCUCCUUACCAAUCACACAUUGUUAACAUAAGUACAGGUCAGAAAGGGAGAAAACAGUUUCAACGUGAUAGAGAGUCCACAAACAUAUUAAGUCUUUCUAUUCCCAGGCAAAUUCACACAGGGGAUAAGUUAUACUCCUGUUCAGAAUGUGGGAAGUGCUUUACAUAUAAAUCCCAUCUUGUUAGACAUGAGAUAAUUCACACUGGAGAGAAGCCAUACUCUUGUUCAGAAUGUGGAAAAUGUUUUACACAGAAAUCAACGCUUAUUACACAUCAGAGAAGUCACACAGGAGAGAAGCCAUACUCUUGUUCAGAAUGUGGAAAAUGUUUUACAAAGAAAUCAAAUCUUCGUACACAUGAGAAAAUACACACAGAAGAGAAGCCGUAUUCAUGUUCAGAAUGCGAGAAAUGUUUUACACAGAAAUCAGAUCUUGUUACACAUCAGAGAAGUCAUACAGGAGAGAAGCCGUAUUCAUGUUCAGAAUGUGGAAAAUAUUUUCGAGAAAAAUCAGGUCUUGUUAAACAUGAGAGAUUUCACACCGGAGAGAAGCCAUAUUCAUGCUCAGAAUGUAGAAAAUGUUUUACACAAAAAUCACAUCUUGUUAAACAUCAGAGAAGUCAUACAGGAGAGAAGCCAUAUUCAUGCUCACAAUGUGGAAAAUGCUUUUCACACAAAUACAAUCUUGUUACACAUCAUAGAAGUCACACAAAAGAGCAACCAUACUCAUGUUCAGAAUGUGAGAAAUGUUUUACUACUAAAUCCAAACUUAUGGAGCAUCAGAGAAGUCACACAGGAGAUCAGCUGUUUUGAUAUUUUAUAUGUGGAAGAUGUUUUGUGAGAAAAUUAAAUUCUAAAACUCA